AUAAGAAGAGCACCGUCAUACGCGCAGCCAGAUCGCUGCCGGCCUCUGCGGAAAUAAAGCUGUUUCGCAGUCCAUCCUUCGUCUGGCCACUCCUUGCACCGCAGACAUAACAACUGGCGACGAAGAUGGGGGCAACAAAGCCAAGACGAAGGUGAGAAGCCUUGAAGCUGCGUCCAAACAGACAGCGAAACAUCACCGCACGCCGCUGGGUACUCGGCGACACCAAGUUUCUCAAGAUGGCAUCCUCCAGUCAUAUCGGCCAAGUAGAAGCCUUCGAUGAAACUGUGAGUGACUGGCAGUCUUAUGAAGAAAGGUUGACGUCCUUUUUUCUGAUCAACAAAAUACCUGACGACCUCAAGGUGCAUGCUUUUUUAAGCGUUAUUGGGCCUAAAACGUACAGUCUCUUGAAGUCUUUGACGGCACCUGCCAAACCGUCAGAAAACACGCUAGAGCAACUAACCCAAUUGCUGCGAAACCAGCUGUCACCGAGAGUAUCAGUGAUUGGAGAACGAGCGAAAUUCCAUCGCCGUAGUCAGUUGGAACACGAGAGUAUCGCACAAUAUGUAGCGGAGCUCAGGAAGCUCUCUCAAACCUGUGAAUUUGGCGGUUUCCUAGAUGAGUCGCUGAGAGAUCGGUUCGUGUGCGGUUUGUUCCGUGCGGACAUACAGCGGUAUUUGUUUGCAGAGGAUAAAACGUUGACAUUUCAAAAAGCCGUUGAACGCGCACUCGCGUUAGAAGAAGCUAAAAAAAAUGUUCAGGAGGCGCACGCAAAAGAAAGGAGCGAUGACUUGCACAAGAUGAGUACCGAAGAUUCCGCGAAAAGGAAACAGUCGUUCGAGUGUUAUCGCUGUGGCUCUGAUAAGCGUUUCGCCCGGGCGUGUCCGCACAUUGCAGAUAAGUGCAUGAAUUGCGGCAAGAAGGGUCACGUUCAGCGUGCAUGUCGGAGUGCCAAGAAGAAGACUGUUGGCGGAAAGAAGUGGGUCCGGACUCUUCAAAGCGACGACACAUUCAACGUCAAGAUGCUGUCACCGCAAAGCCGGCGACCCAUCACCGUCGACGUGGAAGUUCAAGGAACUUCCUUGAGCAUGGAAUUGGACACGGGAGCCACGGUGUCCAUAAUACCGAAGCAGCAGUUCAAGAAAUUUCAGCCUCCUUUGAAGCUUGAACCCACCGAGCUACGCCUCAAGACUUACACCGGGGAAGUCGUGCAACCCUGCGGUUUCGUCAAAGCGUCCGUAAGAUACAAGGGUCAAGAGGACGUUCUACCCCUCUACGUAGUUGACCACAAUGGCCCGCCUCUUUUGGGCCGCGAGUGGCUCACACGUCUUCGUCUGGACUGGGACAACAUCUGCGGCGUACACAAGCUGUCGGACCCUCAUCGGUCUGAUGCAAGCAAGAAGUACGAGGCACGCCUAAAAGAACUUCAAGCCAAGUACAGCCGCAUCUUCGACGGCACCCUUGGCAAGAUAGAAGGUGAGCGAGCCACUUUAUUUUUGAAAGAGCAACGUCCGAAGUUCCUCAAAGCGAGAAACGUGCCUUACGCACUCCGGUCGGCCGUAGAGGAAGAGUUGCAGAAGCUUGAACAAAUGGGCGUCAUUACGCAAGUGUCAACCAGUGAGUUUGCUACGCCUAUUGUACCGGUAGUUAAAAAGGACGGCACCAUACGUGUGUGCGGGGAUUACAAAACAACGUUGAACCCUGUCCUAGACACGGAGCAGUACCCCCUGCCCAAACUUGAGGAAAUACUAGCUGCGCUCGCCGGAGGCAAAUACUUUUCCAAGCUAGAUCUUAGCAGGGCAUACCAGCAGGUAGAGAUGUCGGAGGACUCAAAAAAACUUCUCACACUAAACACGCACAAAGGGCUUUUUGCGGUGAACAGACUCCCUUUCGGAGUAGCGUCUGCGCCCGCGUUGUUCCAGCGCAUUAUGGACAACAUACUUAAAGGACUACCGGGUGUCAUAUGCUACCUUGACGAUAUUCUCGUCACGGGAGCAACCGCUGAAGAACACCUCAGGAACCUUGAAGCCGUGUUUUGUACACUUCAGCAGAAAGGUGUUCGCGUCAAGCGUGAAAAAUGUGAAUUUUUCAAAGAAAGCCUGCAGUAUCUGGGGCACAUUAUCAGCGAGACCGGCGUCAAGCCAAGCGAGGAAAAAGUUCAAGCGUUGCUGCAUGCCCCAGCGCCUACUAACAUCGCACAGUUGCGUUCACUGCUUGGACUGAUAAAUUACUAUGGAAAAUUCACGCCACGGCUAGCAACGCUGGCAAAGCCUUUCUACAGGUUACUACAGAAGGAUGCUCCCUGGUGCUGGAAUCGGAAAUGUCAAGAUGCCUUCCAAGCCAUCAAGGAAAUCUUGUCUUCGACGGAGGUGCUGGCACACUACGACCCGGCACGCCCGCUGCAGCUAUCCUGCGAUGCGUCUGCGUAUGGUCUCGGCGCUGUGCUGUCGCACGUCAUGAAAGAUGGCACGGUAAGGCCAAUUGCCUACGCUUCCCGAACAUUAUCAAAGGCUGAGGAAAACUAUAGCCAGAUUGAAAAGGAGGCGCUCGCCCUAAUCUUUGGCGUCAAGAAAUUCCACUUCUACAUUUAUGGUCGGGAGUUUACGUUGAUUACUGAUCAUAAACCUUUGCAAGCGAUCCUUGGGCCAAAGAGUGGGAUCCCGGCAAUAGCCGCCGCAAGACUGCAGAGGUGGGCGGUAACUCUGUCAGCCUACCAGUAUAAACUUGCCUACAGGACGUCCGCAGAGAACGCGGACGCGGACUGUUUUUCACGACUUCCGUUGCAGUCCACAGAAGUAGACGACAGUCACGACGAGACGUUUUAUACGCUGCGAUUGGCAUCUCUACCAGUCACCAGUAGGGACAUCGCGCGUCAUACAGAGCGUGAUCCCGUCCUCAGCUUGGUCGUAGACUUCACCAAGAAGGGAUGGCCAUCACAUCUUGAUGAUAAAGUGUUGAAGCCCUAUUUUGACAGACGCAGGGAACUCACAGUCCACGAGCGGUGCCUGAUGCAUGGAAUGAGAGUCGUCGUGCCCCCGAAACUUCAACAGCUGGUCCUGGAGGAGCUACACCAGGGACACCCAGGAAUAGUGCGGAGCAAAGCACUCGCCCGAAGCUACGUAUGGUGGCCCUCCUUGGAAACGGACUUGGAGAACCAAGAGCGGCCCCACAUGGUUCCACGCAACAGUACUGCAGCGGACGGGACCAGUGUCCUACGUGGUCAAGGUGCGGACACCGGAUGGACUCCGUACUUGGAGGCGACACAAGGACCACCUGCGCUCAGCGUCUACUGCAGUGACAGCGCCGUCCCUUGUGGGGGAGGACGAUACCGACACCAUCUAUCCUGCGUCUGAAGCCGACGUACCACCUCCGUCUACUGUCUCCGCAAGACAAACGGUGCCCGUCACCCCCACUAACGCUGCGCCUCGGCGAUACCCACAACGCCAGAGAAGACCCCCCGAUCGCUAUGAAGCCUCAUGACGUUUCAAAUUGCGGUGGAGGAAGUGCUAGAGGCCGCUGCCGUUGCUAUCAGCAGUACGCGUAGUACUGACGUCACCGGGCGCUCUAUAAGAAGAGCACCGUCAUACGCGCAGCCAGAUCGCUGCCGGCCUCUGCGGAAAUAAAGCUGUUUCGCAGUC